AUGGGAGAUGAGGACUGGGACGCCGAGAUCCAGGACCGCAUGGCAUCCUUCGUACCAGACUUCCAGCAGCUGGAUAACUUUUCUGGAAGAGCAAAUGACCCCUCAUUUAGUUGCAAUCAAAGCAGAAAUUCAGCAGAUGCUGGUGUGGGACGUAACAGAAGUCAACACAUGCGGGGUGGCUUUGGUACUGGAAGGAGUUUUGGGAAUAGAGGAAAUAAAUUUGAAGAAAGAAGAAACUCUGGAUUUGAGAGAGAAUCUACUGAAGAUGGCCAAUCAAGAGCGCUUUCAAGGAGAGGAGGUUUUCAGGAAGGAAGCUAUUCAGAAAGUCUUGGCACACAAAGAGGUGUUGCAGGGGGUUUCAGAGGUGGCCGUGUAGGAUUUGCACAAAGUCAAAAUAAUGAAAAUGAGCAACGAGGACAGCAGUCUGGUAGCGUCCUUAUCUCUAGGAGAGGAGGGUUUGGAGGUCCUACAGGUGAUAAUGACAAUAAUAGAAGCAGAGGAUUUGGAAGCAAAGGAGGAUACAGAGGUUACAACGAAGAAGUAAUUGCAGGUUCAGGAAGAAGUUCUUGGAAAUCACACGACAAAACAGAAAGUGGUGAUAAUCAAGGUCCAAAGGUGACCUAUGUGCCUCCACCUCCACCUGACAAUGAAGAAGCCAUCUUUGCACACUACCAGACAGGAAUUAAUUUUGAUAAAUAUGACACAAUUCUUGUGGAAGUGUCAGGACUUGAUCCUCCACCAGCAAUACUGACUUUUGAAGAAGCUAAUCUUUGUCAAACAUUAAACAAGAACAUUGCUAAAGCUGGAUAUUUGAAACUUACGCCAGUGCAGAAGUAUAGUAUUCCUAUUAUACUUGCAGGGAGAGAUUUAAUGGCAUGUGCCCAGACAGGAUCUGGAAAAACGGCAGCUUUUCUUUUGCCAAUUUUGGCUCACAUGAUGAAAGAUGGGGUAACUGCCAGUCACUUCAAAGAGCAGCAGGAACCAGAAUGUAUUAUUGUAGCCCCAACUAGAGAACUGAUAAACCAGAUCUUUCUGGAAGCAAGAAAGUUUUCAUACGGAACUUGCAUAAGGCCAGUUGUGAUAUAUGGAGGUACGCAAACAGGUCAUUCAAUUCGUCAGAUAAUGCAAGGCUGUAAUAUAUUGUGUGCUACCCCGGGAAGGCUUAUGGACGUCAUAGGUAAAGAAAAGAUUGGAUUGCAUAAAGUGAGAUAUUUGGUGUUAGACGAAGCCGACCGUAUGCUCGAUAUGGGUUUUGGUCCAGAGAUGAAGAAAUUAAUCUCUUGCCCAGGCAUGCCAUCAAAAGAUAGGCGUCAAACACUAAUGUUUAGUGCCACUUUCCCGGAAGAAAUUCAGAGGCUGGCUGGAGAAUUUUUGAAACCUGAAUACUUAUUUGUUGCUGUUGGACAAGUGGGUGGAGCCUGCAGUGAUGUUCAGCAGACCAUUCUUCAAGUUUCCCAAUAUUCCAAGAGAGCGAAACUGGUUGAAAUUCUACAAAGCAUAAGAGAUGAGCGAACUAUGGUGUUUGUGGAAACAAAGAAAAAAGCAGACUUCAUUGCAACCUUUCUUUGUCAAGAAAAAAUACCAACCACCAGUAUUCAUGGUGAUCGGGAACAGAGAGAGCGAGAAGAGGCUCUUCGGGACUUUCGCUUUGGAAAAUGUCCUGUUCUUGUUGCUACUUCAGUAGCAGCAAGAGGCCUGGAUAUUGAAAAAGUUCAACAUGUUAUUAAUUUUGAUCUUCCUUCCACUAUUGAUGAAUAUGUUCACCGGAUUGGGCGAACUGGACGCUGUGGGAACAUCGGAAAAGCGAUUUCUUUCUUUGAUUCUGUUUCCGACAGCCACAUAGCGCAACCUCUGGUUAAAGUGCUUUCAGAUGCUCAGCAGGAAGUUCCAUCAUGGCUGGAAGAAAUUGCGUUUAGUGCUCAGGGAAUUGGCUUUAGCAAUCCAAGAGGAAAUAUCUUUGCAUCUGUUGAUACUCGAAAGAUUUACCAAGGCAAAGACAGUAUGAACACAGGAGGACUUACUAUGUCAUCUACUACAGGUACAGCUGAUGAGUCGUGGGAUUAA